UGGAGCUUAGCCCACAUAGUAAGGUCUAUAAGGUGUUCUUUUGUUGUCACCGACGGUGUACAUAGAACAGGGCUUGUUAGUUUAGUCCUACUCGCUUGUGUGUUGCGAAGCGUACCAAAUUCGUGUGGAUUUCCAAAACACCGGUCACAAAAGCAUGAUGUCCAUGGACUUGUCACGGGAUGUUGAAACCCGAGAACCAGCUACUUAAAAUUAGCCUGUCUAGUUCUCGUGACAGGCACUGCUUCCCAAGUCCGAGACAGACGCUCGGAGUUGAAAAAGGCCUUGUCAUGUUAAUAACACUUAGUCCAAUCCGCAGUGAAUGCGUUAGAAAAAUAGAGCCCGGGGCCUUCAAUAUACUGUCGGCUGUGUUCUCUUUAUUCGGGUCUUUUAGCAAAGCUAAUCGGUAAAUACACUGUUCAGGGAUGCUGAAUGCGCGAGGCGACGCUUACGCUAAUUUUACCUCCUACUGAGACAACAUAAGCACGGUUCAAAAGGUUUAUACCAAAAUCUCGGUUAACCUUGUCGUGAUAGGUUGGUUUAUUCGAAAUGAGGGCUAGUACACGGGCAGCUGUAUGAAGGCUACGUUUGAAGAAACAAGUUUGUGUUACUGUACCAUCUUGUUACCAAAAGAAAAGCAUUCUAUUCAGGAUAACUCGCCGAUAACAAACCCUCCGUCUUUGGCCUAUGCUACGGUGCCGUCGGCCACAAUACAAACACAAACACACGCACGAAGUAGCGGCUUCCGUGCUUCUCGGUAAUUACGCAGUAUACAGUUGUUACAACACUAAGAACGUGUUUUCUCUCUUUCCAGGUGCGGAUGACAAGCCUAAAGAACCGCCGGUCUCUGUUCCAAACGUUUAUCCCAACAACCCUCUGUCUACGGAAGUGGCAAUUGUAGCCAAUAAUGGAUUAGAGGACGACAUUGAUACCAGUACUUCAGCUUAUGAGGAAGGUCCGAAAAAGAAACAUCGCAGGAACAGGACCACUUUUACAACAUACCAACUGCACGAGCUUGAACGUGCCUUUGAGAAAUCGCAUUAUCCUGAUGUUUACAGCAGAGAAGAACUGGCCAUGAAAGUGAAUCUACCAGAAGUCCGAGUGCAGGUAUGGUUCCAAAACCGUAGAGCAAAGUGGAGACGUCAGGAAAAACUGGAGAGUGAGAACGCUCUUAGGUCUCUAAGACACACCAAUUCGCCGGACUGCCCUCUCUCUGGGAUCGGAAUGACUUGUGCCACUUCACCGAGCUGCGUUUCUGGCCUCUCUUCAUCUCUUGGACCAAACUCCUCCCCUGUGUUGACAGGAGCGAGUCUGCAGCCGAUGUCAUUGGAUUCUUGGUUAAGUCCGCCUCUAAUGGGCCCGCCUUUUUCUCACUCACUACAAGGAAUUCUGGCUCAUUCUCAGGCCAUGUAUCCUAACUAUCUGACGCCCUCUGUGCCGACGGCUGUGACGGUUCCUUGUUCAGCGGCCAUGAGCGGCCUACAUACCGGAAACAUCUCUAUCUCUGCAGGAACUUUGGGAGCUGUUCCCAGUCCUUUAAACUUGUCCGUUAGUUGUGCUGACUUGAAGGUCACUGAUUCUAAUCCGGUGGAUCCACGGAGUUCCAGCAUUGUGGCUCUAAGAAUAAGAGCAAAAGAACACGUCGAUCUAAUAAGUAAAAGAUUAACAUCUGUUUAAAACAUUACACAUUAUCUUGUGAAACGAUAUUUCAGAGCUUAUUUGAAAGUUGUAUCAUCACAGGACGACAAACUUUAGUGUACAUAAGUGAAAAAAUGUUUAUCUGUGUGUCAAUCCGGGUAUAAAAGUCUGUCUAUUUAUGUACCAAGUUGACAAUUCAUUGUCCAUAAUAACUAUUAUGUUAUUGUACCAUGAUAUAACCUUGGUUAUUGUUUUUUUUUUGUUGUGUGUGUGUGUGUGUAUGCAAGUGUGGCGCUUAUAAUACAAAACUAAACACAAAACAUUUACAUUGAAAGUUUUCAUAUAUAUAUAUAUCUGGGUUAUUUCUUGCAAAAUAUGGAAGAAAAUACUUUAGUUACUAGGACUAAUUUCAAUUUAUUUGGUUACUGUUUUUAACAAUGCUGCUAACACUAAAAUAUCACCAUCGAAAGAAAAAUGUAAAAAGAGAAAAAACAAACAAACUAUGAUAUAAGUAGUAGUGAUCAGAGAAGUAAACAAGAAUAAUAAUUGAGAAAUGGAAAUAUUUUACACUGAGGGAAUGUGUAUUUUUUGUGGUAUCUUCAUAUUAAUUUGGUUUUUAUAAUGUAUGUGUGUGACAAAGAUUUUGUUACUAUAAAAAGUAAUCUAUUUCUUAAAGAUUGGUGAUAAUAUCACUACCUACGAUAAUAUUUCAAAGACAGGAUACCCUUGAGAAAUUGUAAGGGUAUGAAAAAGUGUGACUGAAUAAGUUACCCUUGAGAAAUUGUAAGGGUAUGAAAAAAGUAAGACUGAAUUAGUUACCCUUGAGAAAUUGUAAGGGUAUGAAAAAGUAUGACUGAAUAAGUUACCCUUGAGAAAUUGUAAAAGUAUGAAAGCAGUGUGACAGAAUAAGUUAUCCUUGAGAAAUUGUAAAGGUAUGAAAAAAGUAUGACUGAAUAAGUUACCCUUGAGAAAUUGCAAAGGUAUGAAAAAAGUGUGACUGAAUAAGUUAUCCUUGAGAAAUUGUGAAGGUAUGAAAAAAGUGUGACUGAAUAAGUUAUCCUUGAGAAAUUGUAAGGGUAUGAAAAAAGUAUGACUGAAUAAGUUCCCAACUUUUGAGGUUUCUCAGAAUACUUCAUUCUAUAUUUGUUCGGUAUUCAGUACCUUUGAAGUAAUGGUUUUACUUUGUAAUAAUAUUUGGAUCAUAAUGUUAUAUAUUUUGUAUAUUAAUUUUUAGAUCUCUUCUGAACUUUUCGUUUCGAAACCUCAACUACAGAAAUAUUUAUGCAUUUUGUCACUGUGCAUGAAAAACGUGUUUCACGAAGGAAAUGUUCAUUUAAAACAUAAAGUAUAUAUAUAUAUAUAUACGUAUGUAUAUUAUACAAACAUUUAUAUAGGUUUAAUUCUGUUUUAUUAAACAAUGGAGGGUUUUCC